AUGCGUCUCACACCAUGUCUCUUCACUGCUACAUCUCUCUCCACCUGCGUCGCGGCCUUUUUUCCCUAUAGCUUCAAACCCGGAGACUCCGCCAGCGAUUCCAUCCAAGAUGCAGAUUCAAAAGAUGAUGCCGACUCCAGCGGUUCGAUAACUCUGGACCUCCGAAAGGUCCGUCGCGGUAAUAACUACAAAGUUGUCAUGGCAGACACGCCGUCCGCCAACAACAGCGUCGCCCUCAACCAAGACGGAAAUGACUACUCUUACUUCGCCACCAUCAAACUCGGCUCGCAGGACCAGGAUAUGUGGAUGCUACUUGAUACUGGAGGAACCAACACUUGGGUCUUUUCUUCGGAUUGCACGUCCAAGGCUUGCAAGCAACACAACACCUUUGGAGAAAAGGCUUCUACCACUCUCAAAAUGACGUCGAAUAAAUGGAAUGUUGGAUACGGAACUGGCACUGUUAGUGGUCUCUUGGGCAAUGACACCCUUUCCAUUGCAGGACUGGAUGUUGGGAUGACUCUUGGAUUAGCCGACGAAGCAUCAGACGAUUUCAUGUCCUAUCCCAUGGACGGUAUUCUGGGUCUUGGCCGCUCAAACAAUAGCGGAUACGGUACACCCAGUUUUAUGGAUGCCUUGGUGGAAGGCAACCUUCUCCAGUCAAACAGCAUUGCCUUUAGCCUCUCUCGAGGCAAGGACGGGGGUAAGGAUGGGGAAGUCUCCCUGGGUCAUGUUGACGAAAGCAAGUAUAUCGGGGAUAUUACCUAUACCGACACGGUAGGAGACAGCGCACGGUGGACUAUUCCUUUGGACGACGCCAUCGUGAACGGCCAGGCCUGUAAUUUCACCGGAAAGUCCGCCAUCAUCGACACAGGAACCUCCUAUGCUUUACUUCCCCCCGGAGAUGCCAAAGCUCUUCAUGCCCUCAUUCCCGGGUCUACUUCUUCUGGCGAGAACUAUGUCCUACCGUGCAACUCGACCGCGGAGCUGCGGUUCAAGUUUUCUGGGGUCAGUUACAGCGUUUCCCCCAAGGACUAUGUCGGGUCCAAGAGUGGCACAAACUGCGUGUCAACCAUUAUUGGACACCAGACAUUUGGAGACGACGAAUGGCUCUUGGGUGAUGUCUUCCUCAAAAACGUCUACUCGGUUUUUGAUUUCGACAACAGCCGAGUCGGCUUAGCAGGUCGUGAUUCCGACUCGCCCCCAAUUGGCAACUCAACAUCCUCGUCAAAUUCCACUAUUACAUCAACCUCGGAUGUGUCUGAAGACGAUGACCCAAAGACCGAGUCUACGACUUCGACUUCGACUGCUACUGCUGCUGGCUCCAGCGGUACUAGUUCGACAGACGACCAGACUGGUGCAGCAUCCAACAUUGUUCCCAAAUUCUACUGGCCUGCCGCGAUGGCUAUGUUCAUGCUCUGGAUAUAG